UCAGCUGUUCUGUAAGCAUAAUAGCGGUCACUUGGUUGUUUACAUCCAUUUUGUUAUUAUUUAUUAAUUUUAAAUGGCAGCUGUGCUGCUUUUGCGUGCCUGCAGAAGGCCAACGGUCGCUGGCACCUACAACUUCAUUUACCCGGCAACAGCGACUAUUAAUUACACGUACAAUCAGAGGCUGGCAUCUACAGAAGCUGCGGCGGCAAGUGCCCAACUAGCAAAUGCCGGUGGAUUGGUCGGUUUCUGGCAGACUUUGUCGAAUAGCACGCCAGUGGCCUACAUGCAGGAUGUCCUCAUCAAGAUCCACGACUACAGCGGUCUGCCCUGGUGGGCAUCAAUCGUGCUGUCAACUUUCCUGUUUCGAAGCGUUGUUACCCUGCCACUUACCAUAUAUCAGCACAAAAUCACAGCUAGGAUCGAGAAGAUAGCACUGGAGAUGCCCGCCAUUGUUGAGGAACUGAAAAAAGAGGCUGCCAUGGCCAAGCAGAAGUUCAAGUGGAGCGAUCAGCAGACGCAGAUUGUCUAUAGGCGUUCGAUUAAGAAGCAGUGGCAGAAUCUGAUAGUUCGCGAUAACUGCCACCCCAUGAAGACCAUGAUUGUGCUGUGGGGUCAGAUUCCAUUGUGGAUCUUCCAGUCCGUGGCUCUGCGCAACCUGGUUUACAUGCUUCCGGAUCCCAUGGCAAUUGAAGCUCAAAUCGUGGCCACCGAGAUGACCAUUGGCGGAUUUGGUUGGAUACCUAACCUCACUGUAGUGGACAACUCAUAUAUCCUACCCGUAACACUAGGACUUAUUAAUUUAGCCAUUAUAGAAGUGCAAUCCAUGUGCAGAACGCGUCCUCCCACCCGCUUGCAAAACAUAGCCAACAAUGUGUUCCGUGGCCUGAGUGUUGUGAUGGUUCCAGUCGCCUGUACCGUGCCCUCAGCUUUGUGUGUUUAUUGGGUGGCAUCCAGCAGUUUUGGACUCGCACAAAACCUACUGAUCCUAUCGCCGGAAGUUCGACGAUCUGUGGGAAUUCCCAAAACGCAAACAGAACUCAGCCAGCCAUACGAUCUGCUCUGGCUAAAAAUACAGCAAAGGCUUCGACUCGUCGAGAAGCCGGUGGCUGAUAAGCCGGCAGGCAAAUGAUAUAGUCUUAAUCAUGUAGUUUAAUUUAGGUAAGACGUUGAGUUUGUUUUAUGACUUAUAUAAAUAUAGACCUUCAUUAAAUGCGACUGCGCCACUGUAAAUCAUCA